AGUGUUGUAUCUAUCGAAAGAUUCCAAAGGGGCACUGUGUUUUUGUCGAAUUUACAAGUAAAAAUUUCAAUAAGGAUACAUUUUUAAUGAAUGUAAUUAUAAAAAGCGUAUUGGCGUUAUCUUUUGUAUUUGUAUUACGUUGUUUCGAGUAAUUUGAAAAUAUUCUUCUGUUUCGAUGUCUUUAGAAAUGUUAACUCAUAUUCUAUAAUUGAUAUCACGUUAUUGCGUUAAGUUUCAAUUUGUAAGACAUUUUUUAUGAAAUAAAAAUCGAUAUUUUUCGAUUACCAUUUACAAAGUUGAGUACUUCAAAAGAUAAUACUUUUGUAAUACAUUUUUCUUAUGCUUGGUCUAUAUUUAUAAAAUAUAAUCAAGCAUAACCUCUAAAAGAAUAUUUGACAAUAUAUGUAUAUACAUAAAUAAGUUUGCAAGAAAAUGUAUUCUUUAAUUAAUAAAACUGAGAAUGCACACGAAGACAGUAUCUGGACCUGCGCUUGGGGAUGUCCUAAGAAGAAGAAAGAAGUGAAUCCUGAUAACGAAGAUUCACGAGAUUCUAUGCAAUCGAACGAAGAAGGCACGGUCGAAUACGUAGUCACGGGAUCUGUGGACGACGCCGUUAAAGUUUGGGAACAUAAAGAUGGUACUUUACAACUAAAGCAUAAAUUAACCGGUCAUUCUCUUGGAGUCGUGUCGGUAGCUGUGAGUUCGGAUGGUUUAAAGUGUGCAUCAAGUUCGCUUGAUUCAAGUUUAAAGAUAUGGGAUUUGGAGUCUGGCGAAAAAAUCUCUAGUAUAGAAGUAGGUCCGGUCGAUAUUUGGACAGUAGUAUUUUCUCCUGAUGAUAUAUUUGUUGUAUCUGGGAGUCAUGCCGGUAAAAUACAUCUAUAUGGAACAGAAAGCGGAAAACAAGAGCAAACUUUAGAUACAAGAGGUGGAAAAUUCACACUUAGCGUCGCUUACAGUCCUGAUGGUAAAUAUAUUGCUAGCGGUGCAAUAGAUGGUAUCAUUAAUAUCUUUGAUGUUACUUAUGGUAAAGUUCUCCGCACAUUGGAAGGUCAUGCAAUGCCUAUCAGAUCCUUAUGUUUUUCUCCUGAUUCUCAAUUACUCUUGACCGCAUCGGAUGACGGACACAUGAAACUAUACGAUGUAAAAGAUGCCAAUCUAGCAGGAACCAUGUCAGGUCAUGCUUCUUGGGUACUUGGAGUAGCUUUUGCACCUAACGGACAAAGAUUUGUAUCUAGCAGUUCGGAUCACACAGUUAAAGUUUGGGAAUUAGCACAACGUCAAUGUCUGCAUACAUUUAAUGAACAUAAUGAUCAGGUAUGGGCAGUAAAAUAUAAUCCACAAAAGAACAAUAUUAUUGCAUCAGUAUCCGAAGAUAAAUCAAUUAAUCUUUAUAAUUGUCCCAUAUAACAUAUUUGAAUCAUAUAUAUAUAUAUAUAUGAAAAUAAAAAAAAAAUUGAUCUA